AAGUCACCAGAAGGAAGAAUCCAAACCAAACAACACCAACAGCCAGAACCAGGAGGUGAUCAGGCGAUAUAGCUGAGGAGUAGUUCACUCCCCUCUCCUCUGUCCUCUCCUCCCCUCCUACUGCAUCUUCCUCCCCGUCUCCUCCCUCUUCUCACGUCUCUCUCCUCUCCGCGACGCAACGAGGGCGGGAGCCCCCCCGUGAAAAAGCGGAAGCAAUCGCCUCGCCGCCUUUUCUUGGCGUGCACAGCUCUUGGUCGGUCAGCCCGACCGCGAGAUCUCGCUCCUUGGCGUCGCGCGCGAGAUUGAGGUGAGGCGGCUGGAGUUUGGAACCGCCGCCACGGCCGUUAGGUCCCUGAUUUGAUCUGUGGUGGUGCCCGGCCGACAUGGCGGCGCCGGGAGGGUUGGAGCAGUGGCAGAAGGACGGGUUCUUCCAGGCCGCCGAGGAGGUGCAGGAGUCGGCAGACCUGAUGGAAUCUAUUUAUAGAACAUGGAUGCGUGAGCGUAGUAAUGGUUCUAGCUCAGAGGAGGUAGAUGAUUUGCAAAGGGAGCUUCAAACAGCUUUAGGGACAGCAAAAUGGCAGUUGGAGCAGUUUGAGAGAGCUGUAAGUUCCAGCUGUGAUAAGUAUUCACUAGAAGAGGGUACAGUGGCCAGGCGUCGGCAGUUUAUUGUAGCAAUAGAGGAUCAGAUUUCUCGUGUAGAGAAAGUAAUAAACAGUUCUUUAAUCGACAAUGGCAGGCAAGGGCUCAACUGGGUAAAGUUAGAUGAUGAGGAGCGAGAUGAUCUAGUUGCUUUCCUUUCAGCACCUGCACAGUUUUAUUCAGAAAUGAAAAACAUAGAUGGUAGUAACCGUAUUCCAUCUAGACAAAAGAAUGGCACGAACAAUCACAAGGAUGUGGCUUUGAUCAUUAAAGACAUACACGAAGUACCACCCAGAGAAAUUUCUAGUGUUAAGAGUGAAAUUUGCUGUCCGGCUGAUCAGUUACAUGGCCACAGAACAAAUUUGAGUUCUGGCGAUGAUCAUUGGAAAAUUGACAUUGGUAAUAAGAUGGAUGAUGAUAAAAAAUUGUCCCCAAACAGGGUUGACGCCUCAAGUCAAACAACUACUUUAUUGGUCACCCGGAAAAGCACAGAAUCUUUAACAAGAGUGAGAUGGUUCUGGAAUAGCUUGUGGAAACCCAAGAGUGGUGAACAUCGUCCAUCAAGAUAUGAUAUGUCAAAUCAUCUCAACUUCAGGGGUAUAUACCUUUUAGCACAGAGAUUUAAUGGGCUAACCGAGAGAAGCAGAAAUUGUUUGAGCAAUUGGAAGGAAAAUUCUGGAAUUUAUGGAAGGACGGGUGGUCCUCAUAUACAAUGCCAACAACAGAACAUUCAGUUUGGUCGCUCUAUUCGGAUCACCCUCUUACUGGUGUUGAGUAUCUUUCUGAUUGUACCAUUUCUCGUCUCCUCUGCAUGACAAGGCUUACAUUGUUCUGCUGGUGAAGCAACCUUGGGACAAUUAAUCAUGAUUCUGCUGUUCAGUUUAGUGUCCAUUAUUAUUCUACAAAUCAUGAUCGGUGUUAUUCACAUGCUCAGUUAAACUCCACAAACCGAGCGUCUAAUUACAUGUGUGGCUGCAUGUAUGACAGGGAAAGUAGCACGAUGGGGAGGAUUUCGAUUGUGCAAUACAUAAUUCAAUAUCUUGAACUGCUCACCGACACAUAAUCAUCGUAAGGUUAAUCAGAGUUACGGUUAAUUUGUGACCUGUUGUGAUGGCUGAUUUCUACCAAAUAGAGGCAGCUCUUCUCCUUUCUCACUUCUAUACCCCCACGAAGGUAAUUGUAAAAAGAUGUAGAGCUGAUUGUGGGAAAACAAUAGUAGAAUUAUUUGUAUGAGUUGUGGAAGUACCGAGAUGAAAUGAGCUGUUUGAAGGAUCUGAGGGUUAUUCAUACUAUUGCAUCGGACCCUUUUUGGAUUACCAAUAUGGUACUGCACUGCUUUUGAACCCUCAGAUCAAGCCAUCGAUGGUCCAGAUUACAAGCUUUGUUACUUGUUAGAAGUUGAUUUGGUGUCCCACUGCCGCGGCCGCCGCUCUGUCGUUGUCGCGUCCACUACCGUUGAGUCCCCAAGGUCCUGAAGCUUUCUCGGCGUGGGAGGCAGCAUUCUCAAAGCUUGGCAACAGCAUGAGCACCAUGGACAUGAGCAACAACGCCGCCAAGCACCUUUAGAGGCCGAUUCGAGUUAGGGAGUGGAUGGGUCGUCAUCGUGGCUGCGGCAGUGCCAGUUUGGCCAUAUCCAUAGCACACGACAAAGGAAGGAGGCGGUGAGGGUGCCUGGGUGGGUCGAGCAGCGUGGGAUCAGACAGGUUGGCCAAAUCCGCGGAGGUGAUGGAGGCUACGAGGGUGCAUCGGGUGAAGGGGUGGUGACGGCAGUAGCGUCCACACCAUCGUCCUCCGUGGUGUCUCAUAGGUUCAAGCGAAGAAGCAGCAGAGCAAGAAGGGUAGGGUGACGAGGACAUCCUAGAUACUACAUUUUUGAGCUUGUUUAAUUUAUGUACAAAUUUGCUAACACAAAA